CCAGAGGAUUGUAAGGUAAAAAGUGUUCACUCAGAAACAAUCACAGAGCGAGAGAGAGAGAGAGAGAGAGAGAGGGGAAUGGAAGGUCGAGCCGGAAGCCUGUGAGUUGUAAAGACUUAAAUUGGGUGUGUGUUGCAGAGAGAGCAGUGAGCGCAGAGAAACAAAACAAACUAGAGAGAGAAGAGAGAGAGAGAGAGAGAGAGUGUCUGCAAGUCUGCUGCUUUUUGGCCAUGGCGGCGUUGCAGUUGCAGAGCUGUAAUUCUAUACUACUACUUCUACUACCUCUUUAAUGCUCUCCUCUCUAUUCUCUAGAUCACAAGAAAGAAAAUAUAGCCAUACCCUCUUCUCUUCUUCUCUCACUUCUGCUUUCCUUUCUCAUUAAUCACUCUUUUCUCUCUCUCCAAAAAGUCUUUCCUGAUCGCUUUGUCUGUCCAAGAAUUUUUCAUUUUUUUUUUUUUAACUAAAGCCUGCAAAUUUCAUCCCUUCCAUAAUUGUGACCAGCCCAUAUAGUACAAACAACAUAAACAGUACUGAUCUUGGAUUUUUAACAGCAUUAAAAAAAAUACUCCGUAUAUAGGAGGAUUUUUAUUUCAAAGGUGAGAGAUAUAGAGAGAGAGUCUGAGGAUGUUUUGUUUUCUGACGCUUCUUCCAACCCUACAACAACGACGAAAUCAAGAUUAUUAGCGGAGGGGGUUAUCGGCCUGCCUUAUCAUUCUCGGGUCAUAAUCACUGCUAUGGAUUGUCAGUCCCAAUUGGAUUCUGGAAAAGGGUUAAAAGCGGCAACUAAAUGGCUGGCUUCUUUUCACUAGGUGGAGGAAGCGGUGGACGAGGCGGAGGAGGAGGAGGAGGAGGAGGAAAUACCCCCCACCACCCCCACCACCACCACCACCAGCAGAAUAGCAGCAACGCCGCCGCCACCGAAAUCAGCCCGGAAAGUUGGUUUCUUUACAGAAAUGAUCAGGAAAUACCGGCGGCGUAUAAGGGGUUCGAGCUAUGGCAAGAACAUCAGCCCCAUCCCCACCUCAAUUCCCUCCAGGAGCUUUACCCGUCGUCUGCCGUCGGUUUAGGCGUGGGUCCCAGCAGCCGAAACCCCCACAUGUCCCCCUCCUCCCCCGCCGCCGCGGACGAGCCCUUGAGAUCGGCGGCGUUUGUGAUGAUGCGCAGCGCCGCCGCGGGUACCGGUGCAGCCGGGAUUAGCUGCCAAGACUGCGGCAACCAAGCCAAGAAAGACUGCUCCCACAUGAGGUGUAGGACUUGCUGCAGAAGCCGGGGGUUUCAGUGCCAAACCCACGUCAAGAGCACUUGGGUUCCGGCGUCCAAACGCCGGGAACGCCAGCACCACCUCUCCGCCUUGAACCAACAACAAGAACAACAACAAUCGCUGCAGCUUCACAGCAGAGAAACCCCCAAAAGGCAGAGAGACGACGAUAAUCCCCCCACUUCUUCCUCUUUACUUUGCUCUCAUCGUCUCCCUUCCACCAUUUCCGGGUUAGAAAUGGGGAACUUUCCGGCGAAAGUGAGCCUAAAUGCGGCGUUCCAAUGCGUUCGGAUGAGGUCCGUGGACGACUCGGAAGACCAGUACGCGUACCAGACCGCCGUGAACAUCGGCGGCCACGUCUUCAAAGGAAUUCUAUACGACGAAGGGCCCGAGAGCCAGUACAUGACGGCGGGGGAGAGCUCGUCCGGCGGCGGGAGCGGCAGCGCGGGAGUCCAGACGCAACACAACCUUCUGUCAUCGGGUGCAGCCGCCACUACAGCCACGUCCGCCGCCACAACCAGCGCCAGCGGUGGCACCGCCGCCGAAGGCGGCGGCGGCCAGGGCCAGGCGUUCUUCGACCCUUCCCUAUACCCCGCCCCGCUCAGCACUUUCAUGGCUGGUACGCAAUUCUUCCCACCCCCAAGAUCUUGAGCUUCUCCACAGACUACAUUUGACUUUUGACUCCUUUACACUGUUGUUGUUAUAUUAGCAGUCACUAUUAUUAUUAUUCAGUUUGAGGCAGACAACCUCAGAAAGCUCUACCCACAAAACAUAUAUAAUUUAGUAUUUGUAGGAUCAUCCACAAGCAAAAAGAAAUGAGGGCAUGAUGUCUGGUUUUUACUUCACAUUUCUCUGAAAUAUAUAUUAUAAAACAUGUCUUCUUACCCAAAAUUUUGGCCCAGUUUUUGCUUGUGCUAUAUGUGUUUCUCACCACCAUUAUCAAUAAAAAGCAAUAUUUUCUUCCUUCCAUA